AUGGGUCGGGUUAGUCGCUGGGGCAACCUAGGCACUUCGACCCUCGUCGAGGAUUUCGGCAGGCCGUCGGUGCAGGUGACGGCGACCGCUCGGGCACAGGCGAAGCAAGGGGCGGCCGUCACCAAGGACUUUUUCGUUGAGAAGGACGCUGCGAACUUCGACCUUGGCCCCGAUACGCUGCGUACCAUGACCGACUCAGGCUGGGCCCACCCUUCUCCGUCAGCAAACAAAAUGGUUGGCGCUUGUUGGGCAGCUUGGUCGGCUACGAAUGGAGAUAUAGCCAAAGCUUCAAAGACUUGGCUGUCCUUGCUCGCGUCGCCGGGCACUCUUCUCAGGCACGACGAGUCGAAGGUCCGAGGCAUCGUCAUUGGCACUACGCAGUGGGGGAUUUUCUUACAGCCUGCUUCUAUCCAUAAGACGCGCGGGCAUAUAUAUUUGUUGGUGAAUGGGAGUGAACCGACAAAGUUCUUGCCAAUUUUUGACUUCGAUGGAUGGCGCGCCGUCAAGCCAACGGUGCUUUCGGCUGCUGGAGUGGCAAAUCUGAUCGGGGAUUGCAGCGCUGAGGCAGGUGUCGUUUUCAUGCAGAAUGGCAGAGGGAGCAAGUUGCAGGUGCACGCCGCCCGGGAGGGCUUCAAACUUCUCACGAAAAGCUUCCUCGACAAGUUGAUCAGACAUGAAAAGCUGCGCUUUUCCCAGGGCGCCCAACCCAAGACUGUGGACGAUUGCGUGAAAGCGUUGAUCAGACACUGGGUCCCAGACGCCACUGAUGACUUCAUUGCGCGUGCUCUGGAACAUCGUUGUGGGAAACAUAUCGACCAGCACUUGGCGAACCAGAGCGUCCUCGCAUUGGAUUCCAACCUCGAUGCCAUGAUGCACCUGAUGGAGGCCGACGACCACGAAGCUUUGAAGGAGGCUGUCGACAAGGCCAAGAAAAACAUGUCCGAGGAUGACCUGAACCCGAAGUCCGGGGGCGAGCGCCGACCAGCUUGGACUGCGAGGCCUGUGGAUCUAUCUCUAUGCGCCACGCUGGACCAGGGCAGAAAGUUGCUCCCCUGCGUCAGGGGCGCCUGGCUUGGUUUGGACCAGAAACGGUUCACUCGAUGGACAGCGACAUAUCCAAACCGACUCCCUCCUUUCUACGUGACAAAAAGUUAUGGGCCGAAAACGGGUUUGACCAUUGAGCAAGCUCUCGUGCAUUGUUUAAAGCAGGUGUGGGCGUGGCACGAAGACCUCACCGGCUAUGAAUGCCCUUACCUCUGGCCGCAAGAUGAGUUUGCGGAAGACGGCUAG